AGAAACACGAAAGGGCAUAGUCGAUUGGAUCCACCGAAUUCAGUAAGUAGCACAUAUGGAGACACGGCACAGUCCCUUGAUGUGCCACAAAUCAUGGAUACGGACGGUGAUAGCAAUACUAAGCGCCUCAGCAGUGAGGACGCCCUCAUGGCACAUACUUACAUCACACAUACUUCAUCAUCCGGCACAGCCAAUUCAAUGCUGUUGACUUCUUCGCCUUCUUUCCGUAUUUGCGUCACUGGCUGAAAGGUCAUCGGAUGGCUUGUCGACAAUCGGCACCACCACCUGCUGCUCUGAUCUGUCGUCACUCGUCAGUCGUCACGCUCGUCUCUUCUCCCCGACGGUGUCAGCGACACAGUAUCGACCGUCUUUGUAGUGACACUUGUCGGCCCGGAACAGCCAUCCCCUCAGCGUCGCUGAAGCGGUGGGGGUACCCAAGCCCGUCUCUGUGUCUCCUCACCCUGAGCAGGCACGGGAUCCCUGAAACAGCAAAGACGGAGGGAGCGAUUUCUUGGGGAAAGAAAAGUAUCGUUUUUGUCUUGUGUCUCUCCUGCCUGAUGGUUGGUUGAAGAGGCCCCAUGUGGUGUACUGCUACGGCCUUCAUCAUGUAUCUCCAGGGCGCUUGAGACUUCUGGAGAGUGGAUGGAUUCAGGACAGGGGCUCCCAGGGGACCUAGCGGUCUGCAUGGGGGCGGGGGUGGGGCCCGUCUGGCGACUGUCUGACCAGCUGAGCCCUUGACGUCUCCUGCCGGUGGAGGGAAGAAAGGUGCCUGAUGACGCAAAUGAAGAAUCAGUCCGGUUUGUGAGACGAGACAGCCCCCUUGGUCGAUGGUCACCUUGGCUUGCACCUUUGCCUGCAUCAUCUGUGCAUGUCGCAGCUGGGUAGGAGCCCAGCACUCAAAGUAGUGGUCCAUGGUCUCCUGCGACACCUGACGAAAGGAGACGCAUGUGGACACAAUGGCCGGAUCCCUUGCAGGUGUCUCACUCACCUUGGAUGUGUCGCUCUGCCGUACAUUAUUACUGGGGACGGGAGGAGGGGCCUGAAAGAUUUCUCCUGCACGAAAGAGGAAAACGAGCAGUGGUAUGUUAGACGCACGGAUGGGAUGGGCGAGUGGAGAGCAUGCACUGCCAGGAGCUUACGUACCCGCUGUUCCCAUCAUUGCCGCACUGAAGCGUGAGGUCGAUGAAGGGCAGACAGACUGGACGGGGCCUAUCUCUUGCCGCUGGGGCUGGUCUGUCGCCUGGAUCGCCCCGCCCCGCAAGGUCAUCACGCCGCAGUGACCGGCGGGGCGAAGCCGUGUAAGCGCCGGGUUAAAGUUGUCAAGAUAGUCGAGGCUCUCGUCAUGAAAGAGGGAAGGUUGCGGCUGCGGGGGGUGUCGAGGAGUGUUGCUGAGAGAGCUCAAGACGGCCUCCAGCUCAUCCUCUUGAUGACGUCUUUGGCACGCGGAGAAGUUGCCCAUGGCUCGGGGUGUCGAAGGGUGUCGACGAUGACAACUUCUGACGAUGAACACAAGUGCUUAGCUGUCUACUGAUGAGAAAAGGAGAAGUUCGAGACGUUUCC